AUGGAUCUUUUAUCUGAAAAGGAAGAAAAUAAUUAUAAUAUUAAACAAAAUUUUCCAGACGAUAUUUCUCCUCGUCUUGCUCUGUUGUUUACAAGAAUACAAUAUAGAGGGAUGCAACCACUAUUUCCAGCUUCCUGGAAGAUAGAUUUUCUUGGAUUGCCCUCUACACUUUUUGUCCAAAAUAAUUCUAAUUUUAGACCCCCUCUUUGCUCUAUGAAUAAUAGUGAUGGAGGAGAAUUCAGAGGAAAACUAGCUUUUAAAAGACUUAUGUUUCUUGGACGUGAUAUUCGAGAUAAAAUUCAACUAAACAAAGAGUAUCAUUUAUCUCAUGAUUCUCAUUCUAUUGAACCGUAUAUCUUAAAUGAACUCAAACGUUUUCAACAAUGGAUGGAGAAAGAUAGUCUAGGAUUAUAUACACCAGAAAAAAUUAAAAUUCCAUAUCUUAUAUUUGCAUCAUCGUGUUAUUCUGAUUUUUCAAAAAAUGUGGAUGUAAAUAUCAAUAAUGAUUAUAUAAUUGUUGCAGAAAAAAUGGAAAACAAAUUACGUGAAGCUGCUCAAUAUCAUCGACAAAGAGUCCUUUCAAGAUAUAUAGAUCAAUAUUCUUACGUUUCUUCAACACCUCUAGAUGAGAACGAAAAUACUCUAACAAUGAUUAACAAAUUCCCUACAAUUUAUGGAUUUGCUAUAUGUGGAUCUCAGGUUGCAAUUGUUUCAUUAAAUUCAAGUGAUUCAAAGAAUCCCAUUCGAACCUUACUUGUUAUAGAUUAUUGUAAUAUUACACAAGAUUUAUGGUCAGCUAUUGCUAUAUCAUUGACUAUGGUUGCUUCUAGAGAUGAAGCAAUAGAAUGGUCAUGUUUUGAAGGAAGUAACGAUAUAUCGAAAUUAACAAAACAAAUGGCUUCUGUAAAAAUGACAGAAGAUAUUGAUUUUUAG